CAUUAACCCUGCCUGUGACCAGUGUCAAGGCCUUCUUGAAGUGGGAGAUGGGCACAGGGUUGUGUCGUUUUCCAUUCCCUCCUGGAUCUGUGGAUUAGGGACAAAGCAAGCUCUUUGGGCUACAGAUGUCCCAGGGAAUGCCCUUUCUCCUGCUGCAGAGAGAAGAACCCUCCGAGGAUGGAGACGGAGAGCAUACAAAUGACCUUCUGCUAGGACUGUUGGUUUAGGACAAGGAACAAAUUGGCUGAGAGAAGAAUCCUGGAGUGCAGUGAUCAGAGCUUCUCUAGACUGAAACACCAACCGCACAGCAGGAGAGUAGCCGCUUACCUGCCUUGGAAUCCUGUGCUUCAUGCAGGGACAGAGCUAAUUGGGGUCAGUGUAUGAUUCAUCAGUGAGGCACAGAAGAGACAGGAGCUGCAGCACAAAGGCUGAAUUCUGCAGCUGACAUGGAGCAAGGGCAGCGGGGACUGGAGCCAGAGCAGAUGCAGCAGCAGCUCAAAUUUUGUGACAGGCAGAAGUUCUUUGAGGAGGUUUUCCAGCAUGAUGUGGAUUUCUAUUUCCCCAUGUCCCACCUGCAGAUCGAGCACAGGAGACCUCCUCUGGGCAGCAUUUCCUCCAUGGAGGUGAACGUGGACAUGUUGGAGCAGAUGGACAUGAUGGACCUUUCUGACCAGGACACUGUAGAUGUGUUUCUCAGCUGCGGGACAGAGGAUAACAGUGUUGCUGGUCUCCUGCCAGAGCCCAGCCAUUACCAGGAGGAAAUCACCCUGCAAGUGCCCAACACGGCUGAGAUAAAAUCUCGGAUCUCAUCCACAUCCUCCGUCUCCACAGACCUGAAUAGCCUGGACACCAGUGAGGAGGGUGCUGAGACCCCCGUGGUGCAGUCAGAUGACGAGGAGCCACAGGAGGACAGCCCUGAAGUGCAGGCAGCCAGAAGCUAGCAGCAGGCUCCCUGCUCUUUCCUCGUCCACCCUCCGCAUGGACCUGCCAGCAUGAGAGGAAGGAAGGCUGCUGGCUGUUUGACUGCUGCUCAGUGCACGCCGAGCAAUCUCCCCAUCCCAAGCUGCUGCCGCCCUCAAGAUGCGGAGAGACGUCUUUCCCCGCACAUUCUUCAGUCAGCCAGGGGAAGAGAGUGGUGCAGAAGCAGAGGGGGUAUUGUAGUGCUUCCGAAAUUAACUCUUCAGGCUUUGCUACUAACCCCCGCUUCAGUCACCUCAGCUGUGACAUGAGCCAUGGAUUGAGUUGUGCCCAUUCCUGGCAAGGCCUCCCCACAGGAUCUCAGUCCCCCCAGUCCCAGUGGGACCUCCCUCUCCAGGCAAAUGUGUAACAAGAAUCUACAGAGCAAUAACACUCAAUAACCUGUCAAAUAA